GUGAGGGGAGUGUGCGCGACGUAUAUAAAGUCCAGUUUGCCUCGGAGCGCCCGGCAGACCCAGCCAGCCGCGAUGGGGAGAAGCCGGAAAAGAGACGCGCCGAGCUGGGGACGCGCCGGGCGGGGCAAGGCGGCCUGAGCCGGGGCGAGCGAGGGGCAGGCAGGCAGCAGAGAGAGCAACUCCCCGCCGGAGCCGGCUCGCUCGCUCGCGCUUCCCUCGCGACCGAGGCUGGGCGCCCCGACGGCCGCCGCGGCCAUGGCCGAGGUGGGCGGCUUCUUAGGCUCCCUGGAUUUGGAUUUGCACGGAUUCUCCUCAUCACUUGGGAACACGCCUCUGGCCGACUCGCCGGGCUUUCUGAACGAGCGCCUGGGGCAGAUCGAAGGGCGGCUGCAGCGGGGCUCGCCCACCGACUUCGCCCACCUUAAAGGCAUCCUCCGGCGGCGGCAGCUCUACUGCCGGACCGGCUUCCACCUGGAGAUCUUCCCCAACGGCACCGUCCACGGCACCCGCCAGGAUCACAGCCGCUUCGGGAUUCUGGAGUUUAUUAGCUUGGCUGUAGGGCUCGUUAGUAUCCGCGGAGUGGAUGCCGGACUUUACCUCGGGAUGAAUGAGAGAGGGGAGCUAUAUGGAUCGAAGAAGCUGACAAGGGAGUGUGUUUUCCGAGAGCAGUUUGAAGAAAAUUGGUACAACACUUACGCCUCGACCCUCUACAAACACUCAGACUCGGAGAGACAGUAUUACGUUGCUUUGAACAAAGACGGCUCUCCCCGAGAAGGUUAUAGGACUAAGAGACAUCAAAAAUUCACUCAUUUCUUGCCAAGGCCUGUGGACCCUGCUAAGAUCCCUGUAAUGUACAGAGACCUUUUCCACUAUAGGUGAUGUUCUCUGCAACUUGAGCAGCCAGACCUGGGUCUCCAAGGUUUCUGCCAGAAGAAUGCUGCAUGCCAUCGUUCUUAACAAAUCUGGAUAGCCGAGAGAGAAGCACUUACAAUGAAUUCCAGCGCUGCCCAUUCUUCAGUGUUUUCUUUUAAAAGGUGUACAUCAAGAUCAAGUUUACUUCUGUGGGGUGGGGAUGGGCAGGACCUGGAAUGCUUUGUGCCAUCAUUGGUUUCUUCCAUGACUAUCUUUUUCUGGUGGGCUAGGAAAAGGCAGAUGUUCACACGGGGGAGAAAAUAAUAUUUUUGAUAUGACAACCACCGCCAGGACCAAUCGGCAGCCACGUGAUCAAGGUGAUCCCAGGAAAGAAGACCACAGAAGUGGCUUAUACACUGGCUCACAAGCUUGGAAUGGUGGCUUAUUAAGGGGGCCGCAGAAUGGAGAGGCCCUCAGUUUGCUAACUGGAUCCUCUUGAGAGGACUCGAAUAACAGACUUGCCUGUUGUUGCUACGCCACAAAUCCUGUAACUGUAGGCUCCGACUUUUCGUAGUGGGAGAAUGGAAGGGAGAAUCCAGAGUAUCUAAAUCAAACCUUACAUCUGGCAGUGCUGGGUCCUGAGGGAUCCAAAUAUGUGUGUGUGUGUGCGUGCAUGCGUGUUUCCUGCUGUUGGAGAGACGGGCAGAAGAGGGUGGCUCAAGGAAUGAACAUGCGUAAGAUGUAAACACGACACUGUUCAUAAGGAUGAAUCUAUUUAUAAAGUACAUAUGAUAUUUAUUUUAUAUAUUUAUUUAUUUCAAAAAUUAUUUUAUUUUUAAAAUGAGAGAUAUUAUUGCCUGUCUUUCGCCAGAAAGGAUGAGGUCCUACUGAAAUAGGGAAGGGGGGGGAAAUG